UGAAAUAUGUAUCAAGUUAGUAAGUAGCAGCAGCAAUUCCUGCCAGGGGCAGAUGGAUCGCUUUCAUUUUGCGGAAUGAUUGCUGACACCCGACAGGAUUUCCCUGGUUGCAGGAGCAGCAGCGGAGAGCCGAGCUCGACCUCUUUCUUGGGCGUGGAGAAGAGGCUGGAGGCUGCGGGCAUGGACGGCAGAGGAGCGGGAGCUCCUGACUCCUUUUAAGACUCCCAACCCCCCACGCGGUUUCCAGGAACCCAGCCCUAAAUAGACAAGGGCAGGUGGCCCGAGUGACCCGGCGGCACCCCGCCUCCGACCUCCCAACCUCUCCUUCUUGCUCUGCCUGCCGCCCCACUCUUCUUUUCCUUUUUAUUAUUUAUUUUUGUUGUGCGUGAAUUCUUUCCAGUGCGAUGCUAGUGGCUCCCCGAACGAAGAUUUUGACUGGGGAUGUAGAAACAACAGUGGCAUAAUAUGGGUGGGAAUCACUCCCACAAAACUCCUGUGUUUGAUGAAAAUGAGGAUGUUAAUUUUGACCAUUUUCAAAUAUUGCGGGCCAUUGGCAAAGGAAGCUUUGGAAAGGUAUGCAUCGUGCAGAAAAGAGACACAAAGAAAAUGUAUGCCAUGAAAUACAUGAAUAAACAGAAGUGUAUUGAGAGGGAUGAAGUGCGGAAUGUCUUCAGAGAGCUCCAGAUCAUGCAGGGCCUGGAACACCCUUUCUUAGUCAAUUUGUGGUAUUCCUUUCAAGACGAAGAAGACAUGUUCAUGGUGGUCGAUUUGCUUCUGGGAGGGGAUCUCCGUUACCACCUACAACAAAACGUGCAUUUCAGUGAAGGAACUGUGAAACUCUAUAUCUGUGAGCUGGCCCUUUCCCUUGACUACCUGCAGAGAUACCAUAUAAUCCACAGAGACAUCAAACCAGACAACAUAUUAUUGGAUGAGCAUGGGCAUGUCCACAUAACUGACUUUAACAUCGCCACUGUGAUAAAAGGAGCAGAAAAGGCUUCCUCGAUGGCUGGAACAAAGCCCUACAUGGCUCCAGAAGUAUUCCAGGUGUUUAUGGAUGGAGGCCCAGGAUACUCCUACCCUGUAGAUUGGUGGUCCCUGGGAGUUACAGCUUAUGAAUUAUUGCGUGGUUGGAGACCUUAUGAAAUCCAUUCAGCCACACCAAUCGAUGAGAUCCUCAACAUGUUCAAAGUAGAACGGAUUCACUAUUCCUCCACGUGGUGUAAAGGAAUGGUAGCAUUGCUGAAAAAGCUCCUCACAAAAGACCCUGAAAGCCGCCUUUCCAGCCUUGUAGAUAUUCAGAGCUCUCCAUAUUUAGCCGACAUGAACUGGGACGCCAUACUGGAGAAGGCAAUGACGCCAGGUUUUGUUCCAAAUAAAGGGAGGCUGAAUUGUGAUCCAACUUUUGAACUAGAAGAAAUGAUUCUAGAAUCUAAACCCCUUCAUAAAAAGAAGAAGAGGCUCGCCAAAAACAAAUCCAAAGAUGGAGGGAAAGAAAGCUGUGCCCUGAAUGGACACCUACAGCAGUGUUUAGAAACAGUGAGGAAAGAAUUUAUAAUCUUCAACAGAGAGAAGUUGAGAAGGCAGCAGGACACAAGUGGGCAGCUCUCCAUUGGUGAGAACCGUGUGGCACCCCCAGUUCAUGGGAAGCUCCAGGACGGGAGAAACAACAACAUCCUGAGCCAGGCCUGCACACGCGGCUGCAGCUGCUAGGCUCCUGUGUCCUUGCGUGAACCAUGUCUCAGUCUCCAUUCCCUUCUGUGCAUGUGAUGGUGUCUCUUUGUAUCCCCUCCCUCCUAAACCAAUCAAAAAAGAGCACUGAUCUAGGACUCAGGAGAUAGACAAUCUAGUCCUGUGUCUACCACUGACUCUCUGUGUGAGACCUUGAGCAAGGUCUUUCCUCUUGCUUCCCAUCUGACCUUGGGCAAGUCAUCCAACCUCUCUCGGCCUCAGUUUCCUCCACUGCAAAACAAAGGGGUCAGACUAGAUGGUAUUUAAGUGUCCAUUCCAACGCCAAAUCCUAUGAUAACUUUUCCAGGCCUUCAUUACCUCAUCUGUCAAAUGGGAAUAAUAAUCCCAGCCCUGCUACCUCACAGGGCUGUUGCAAAGGUCAGACUUUGUGACAGAUGGGAAAACCCUUCUAAAAAGUAUGAAUCACUAUAUAAAGUCAGUGCCUAGAGGUAAAAAGAACACUGACCCACGGAACAGGAGGAAGAUGGAGUUCUGGUCCCAGCUAUUCUACAAACUGUGUGACCUUGGGCAAAGUCACUCUCCCUCUCUGGGCCUUAACUUCCAUGUUUGUGAGGGGGUUAGAUUAGAUCAGACUAAAUUACAUAAGGUCUCUUCAGGAGCUAACAUUUUAGGUUCUACGCUCUAAUGUCCCUUCUAGCUUUAACAUUCUAGAUUCUGUUCUAAGGUAUCUUCUUGUGCCGACAUACUAGGUUCUAAGGUCCCUUCAGGCUCUGAUAUUCUAUGUUAUAAGACCCCUUCUAGUUCAAAUGUCUUAUGUUCUAAGUCCCCUUCCAGCUUUACCCUUCUAGGUUGUAAAAUCUCUUCAACGCUAACCUUCUUUUAAAACCCAAUUACAGACAGCCCUUCCAAGUUCACAAUUCAAUUCAUCCGCAGCAAUUCCAACCCUGUCUAAACCAUGCUUUGGGAAAACAAAGCCCCAUCAGCAUCUUCCUGGGAGAGAAUCAUCUUCAGAAUCUGGGAACCAAACUUGAAACUUUGCAGUUUACAUUCUCCGAGGCCAGACUGUGAGGUUUCAGACUCUUCACAAGGGCCCCCUCCCUCCCUGGCUCCCUGAGAUUCAUGUGCCAAUCCACUUUAAAGGAAAUUGUGUUCUGUUGUUGUAUAUGGAAGCCACCUGCAGCACCUGGAAGCUGGGGCUCCAUGUGAUUGCUAAAUGUGACUAGAACAUGUGCUGCCUCUUAUGUCGAUGUGUCUGUACCUGAUGUCUCUGUGACUGCGGUGUUCUCUGUAGCCAACAACUAAUGGCGAUCAACUACCUGAAACCUAGUCAUGCAACAUGAAUGUAAAGCUGGCUCAUUUGUUCUCCCUCCACCCAAUGCCUUCCUGUGAGAUGAAUAAAAAGGAACUUAUUCUGAUUGUAUUAGGUUGGUGAGGAACUUUGGUCCUAGCUCCAGAUGAAGAAACAGCUGACCCAGCCAAACACGAUGUCCACACGGAUUUAAAAUGUCUUCUGUAAGAUAGAUAGAACAAAAAUCCUGCCCUCAAGAAAUGUGUGGGAGUGUGGGGCCUGGCACAGGAGGGGAAGGGAGGACAUAAAAGGGAAAAACAACACAUACAGAUUUAUAUGAAAAAGGUAUAGAGUCCAAAGGUCUGAUGCAAUCAAAGCUUUCCAGGGAAAUUUGAAGAAGGCGACAUUGUUUUCAGCUGUAGGGAAUCAGAGAAGACUUCAGAGAGAUGGCCCUUAUGGUUGUAAUUUAAGAAACUUAUUCAUUUAGAAGGUUUCACCUGUUGGAAAACCAAGAAUUCUUUGGUAUGUUCAGGGAAGCAAUUCACAUUUGGGAGGAACAUUUUUCUCUCUUUUCCUGGGUAUCCCCACAGUCAGGAAAUGAGAUAGGAGUCUUGGUAUUUUUUCUACCUUUAAACUUGCUCCCCAUACAUCUGGAUAAGUGCAUGGCUGUGACCAUGAAUUGUGUUUUUACUUUGUAUAGCUUUUCAUCUGGAAGCCAAAUUCCAUUUUCACCUUUUUACCAUGUGAAUUAAGUCUUUGAGAGAUAAC